AUGGACAAGUUUGAAUGGUUUCUCAACAUGCGAAUUUUACGAGAUAGAGAACAGCAGAAAAUUUGGAUUUGUCAAGACUCCUACAUCACCAAAAUAGCUAAGAAAUUUGGAUUAACCUACGGCCUAGUCAAAACACCAAUAUCAGUUGAUAUUAAGCCUUUUGAUGGGAAAGCAACAAAUCAAGAUAUUUACCAUUAUCAGGAAAUGGUUGGGUCAGUCAUGUACGCCGCUGUCAUAACACGAAUCGAUAUUGCAAAGGCUGUCAACAAGCUUGCUAAACAUGCCACCAAUCCAUCACCUAUCCACAUACAGCAGAUCAAACAAGUGAUACAAUAUCUAUUCAAUAUAAGAUUCCUUGCUAUCGAAUACUCACCACUAAGGAAGUCAGAAUCAGACGUUGUUGUAUGUGCCUCAGAUGCUUCAUUUAGAGAUAACAUUGAUUGUAUAAGCUCAGAGGGUUAUCUUAUUCAGCUGUACAACGGACCCGUCGACUGGAAGGCUACAAAACAAAGAUAUGUAACAACCUCUACCACCAAAGCGGAACUAAGAGUAGUAACUGAAGCCGUAAAGCGAUUUCCAGAACCCAAUUUCUACACAAGUCUACGCCAUAUCGACAUCUAUCACCACUGGCUCCACCAAGAGAUUCAGAGCAAGCAACUUCAUAUUCAAUGGGUCGACACCAAGAGAAUGGUUGCAGAUGGCCUUACAAAGUUGCUCAAGGGCCAGAUCUUUGUGAAUUGGAGAAAACACCAGGGAUUAGUGGAUAUAGCACAUUUACUGUAG